UAGAAAUCAAUGAGGUCCCAUAGAUCCGAACGUUUGGACGCGCCCCGUGCCUGCUGGCUAGAUUGAUGUGCUACCGGUAGUGCCUGUGUGUGCGCGCGCCAGUCAGCGUGGGGGAAAUCACAGAGCCUUGCGCUUCGCUACCACUACGAACAUGUCCACUACGCCUCUCUUGGCAGACACUCUCGUCGUCGGCGCGGGCUGGUCGGGCCUUAUUGCCUCGCUCAAGCUUGCGCAAGCAGGCAAGAGGGUAGUACUUCUCGAGGCACGCAAGAGAAUCGGGGGCAGGGCUUUCACCCACUCCUGGAACGAUGCCACGCCCCUCGAGGACAAUAGCCGAAAUGCGACAAACGAGCCAGUCCAUGCCGUCGAUUUCGGCUGCAGCUGGAUCCACGGAUAUAAUGAGGGCAACCCAGUCAAGGAGCUUGCGCAGCGUUAUGGCGUCAAAGUUCAUGUGCCCAAGUCUACACCAUCUCAGAUCAUUGGUCCCCAUGGCCCACUCGCUGCCGACCUCGCAGCCAAACUACAGGCCAACCUUAGUGCGGCUCAGUCGGCUGCAACGUCGCAAGCGCGAACAUCAGCGGGCCGUCUGAGCAAAGGGGACGGCCAGGCCACGGAUCCCUCGUUGGCCUCCUUCUUGCUCGCGCCCGCCUCGCCCCUGUUCACAGGUCUCGAGACAAGUGAAGAAAAGCACCUGGCCAUCGCACUUGCGCGCAGCCUGCACAUACCGCUGGGCACCUCACUCGAGCAAAUUGCACUCACUUGGACUGGCUUCGAAGACAACUUUGCAGGAACAGACGGCGCACCCGAGGGAGGCUUUUCGCGCCUCAUCAACCUCGUCGCAAAGGAGCUCACUUCUCUUGGUGUCGAAAUAAGGACAGGACAUGUCGUCGAGCAGAUUACAAACUCAUUGGCUCAGCAGCAGCAGCAGCAGCAGCAGCAGCAGCAGUGUGUUGAAGUUUCUGCAAAAGACGAAGAAGGCAAGGGGAAAGAUGUUGUCUACACGGCGAAGUCGGCCCUCGUCACUAUCCCGCUUGCCGUUCUGAAAGAGACACACGGAAAUCUGUUCAAGCCAAAGCUGCCUGCCAGAAAGCAAGAUAUCAUUGAUCGUGUCAACGUAGGCAAUCUCAACAAGGUCCUCCUGACUUACGAAACCCCGUGGUGGCCGCUCGAGACCGGUACAUUCUUUGUACUGCCCACCAGCAGCUCCUCUCCGUCUGCAAGCCCGUCGCUUGCCGACACUUUCCGUGAAACGACCCUGAUCGUCUCUUCGCUGUGCGCCCCGCACGGCCUUCCCGGCAGCACCAACAGCCUCCUCGUUAUGGUCGGUGCGCAGGCUGCAAAGGACAUCGAGCAGUACACGAGGCUCGAGGUCGCAGAGGCUCUGCACGACUACCUCUAUGCACGCCUCAAGAAUCCCUCAGACACGACUCAGCCAAAGCUGAGACACACCUUCUACUCUCGAUGGGGCCAGCAGCCAUUCACGAGGGGGGCUACAACGACGCCUGUCGUCAUCGGCGAUCCGUCAAACUCUCCAUUGGAUUUUGAAGAGCUCUCGAGGCCCGUCUGGGAUGGUCGGCUGUCCUUUGCCGGCGAGGCAUGCGAUCUCAAUCACCGUGGAAGCGUCGCUGGCGCCGUUCUCUCUGGCGAGCGAGCAGCAAAGUCAAUACUCAAGGUUCUGUCCAAGCUGUGAGAAGGAGCAAUUUGAGAUGCCGCAGACAAGAAAACCUCUGUUUUCCCUCUGGAGUGAUGGGAUUUGACUUCUGAAGUGCUAGUGGUGAUAAUAGUGGUAAAUUGGUGAGAGGAAGAGACCCGAGUAUGUGUAUGAUACGACGUGUGACGAGA